AAUCACAACAAUUCAACCAUAAAUUUCUUAAUCCAACAAAACAAACCAACAAAACAAACCAAAAAAAAUCUCUCUGUAAUUUCUCCAAUUAGCAAUGACAAUCAAACCACCAUCUCACCCCACUUAUGAUUUGAAGGGCAUCAUCAAGCUAGCUCUUGAUGAAGAUGCUGGAGACAGAGGAGAUAUAACUUGUGCAGCUACUAUUCCACCUGCUAUGGAAGUUGAAGCUUAUUUCUUGGCUAAAGCUAAUGGUAUUAUUGCUGGGAUUCAAUUGGCUGACAUGAUUUUUAGUCAGGUUGACCCUUCUCUAAAGGUGGAGUGGACUGUGAAGGAUGGAGAUUCUGUGCAUAAAGGAAUGCAAUUUGGGAAAGUUUCUGGAAAAGCGCAUAGUAUUGUUGUAGCUGAGAGAGUUGCAUUGAACUUUAUGCAGAGGAUGAGUGGAAUAGCAACACUAACUAAGCAAAUGGCAGAUGAUGCGUACCCGGCUUCCAUUCUAGAGACUCGGAAAACAGCUCCGGGUCUACGUUUGGUCGAUAAGUGGGCGGUGCUAAUUGGUGGAGGCAAAAACCAUAGGAUGGGUUUAUUUGAUAUGGUAAUGGUAAAAGAUAACCAUAUAUCAAUAGCAGGAGGCAUAGCAAAUGCCAUCAAAUCUGUUGAUGACCAUUUGGAGAAGAACAACCUUAAAAUGGAAGUUGAGAUCGAGACGAGGACACUUGAGGAAGUAAAGGAGGUAUUAAGCUACACAUCACAGAGAAAAACAUCAGUGACCAGGAUAAUGUUGGAUAAUAUGGUUGUACCACUCCCUAAUGGAGACAUUGAUGUUUCUAUGCUUAAGAGUGCUGUCGAAUUGAUCAAUGGAAGAUUUGAGACUGAGGCAUCAGGCAAUGUUACACUUGAAACGGUGCGCAGCAUUGGACAGACUGGGGUAACCUACAUUUCCAGUGGUGCAUUGACACAUUCUGUGAAAGCACUGGACAUUUCCCUCAAAAUCGACACCGAGUUGGCUCUUGAAGUCGGAAGACGUACAAACCGAGCUUAACGUUUUCUCUUUUUUCCUUUGAUGUAUGCAAUUAAUGCAGAAUAAAAACAGAAUAAGCAGAGUGUUUUGUCAUUUUUUUGCGUUAUUUAGCUAAAUCAUAUAAUGUAUUUGUAAUUUGAAGGAUCAAAAACUGUUGGUCUGCUUAAUGAUAAUGAGCUUAUUCUGCUUCUA